AUGUCACCAAACGUGUCGGAUGUUGAUGAGGGAAUCGACGAUUCCGACUUAGCUGACUCUUUGGCUACAGUCGCUGAGAAUGACAAUGAGGACGUGUUCCAGUCUCACUCUGGAACACGAUCGCUAGCCGAUUCAUCUGAUACCACUCCAGUCGCAUCUACAAUCACAUCUCAUAGUGAAGAGCUGGUUCAGAAAGUUGUACAGCUGCCAACCUCCGUUGGAAAUCUCCUCUACCUGGAUGUUGAUUCGCGUUUGACAUUCGGGAAGUUCAAGGCCUGGCUUGGAAGGAAACUUGGGAUGGAUACUACGCAAUUUGUCGUUAUCAAACAUUAUCGGGAAGACGACAAAGGGUAUGAAUGCAACAGCAAGGAUGAUGAAAGUGUACGAAGCGCAUUGGACAAUGUUUUCAAGUUGGGAGUGAAGUUGAGGCCACCUUUGCGGGAUGACGAGAAGCUUAUUCGCGUGCUACAGUUUGACCUGAACGAGCCCAAU